AUGUCCGAACCUCAAACAGAUGUUUCUCGUCCUUCUGCUCUUCCAUCCGCUACUCUUCUUCAAAGGGCAAUCCCUCAAGCCAUUAUCGACCAAAACUCUGAUGAAUAUCUCGAUAGCAUCGAAGAGGAAUGGAACAAGAAAGUCGACUUGGAAGUCGAAACGCUAGUCGACGGUAUGGUUGAUUUAGUUGGUUUGGCAUCUAUUAAUGACAAAGACAAGUUUCGAAUUGCGCAGGAAUCCUUUCAAGCACAGACUCGUGCAGAAUCGAUGGUCCGAGCUGCUAAUACGCUUCUCUCUAUCACCCAUUCGAUGAAGCUAUUGUUAUUACUUUCGGAUGAGGCUCAGAUCGCACACCGGCGAGACGCGGAGUUGAGGGUCGUGCAAGAGGAAAAGGAAAAGGCCAAAGAACAAGUUGCUGUGCUACUAGAUGAAAUGCUCCAAGGUUCAUCGAAGUAG